AUGAGGAAAACAGGUUUGAUGAUUGAGUCGGUGAAUUUGCCAAGAAAGCUGCAACAUUGUGAUAACAUGGUGGAAGCCAAAAAAGAGGUUUUGAAGGGUUUAGAAGAUGUAUUGUUUGAGCCACCGCCUAGACGAGCAUUGGCAAAGUCGAGUGAUUACUUGGAAAAACCCAAAUUCCUGCCAGACUUGUUACAAGAUUCCCUGGAAAGUUACAAAAAACGAAUUUUCAUCACAGAUGACAGUGGCAGUGUUGUGGAAUGGAUAAAUGGCUUUGUUAUUAUUAUAAGAACGUCGGACUAUGGUGGCGGUCGUAAGAGACCAAGAAUUUAUCUUGCUUGUGAGCGGAGUGGGAAGUAUAGAUUGCGUAAAAAGUUGAAAUAUGGCCCAAAAGACUUAUUGAGACAAAUUGGUACGAAGAAGUGUGAAUGUCCAUUUGAUUUGAGGGCAUUCAAGUUGAAAACAUACGAUGAAUGGACAUUGAAUGUAGUUUGCGGGCUGCAUAAUCAUCCAGUUGCGGAGCAUCUCCAAGGACAUUCAUAUGCAGGAAGAUUGUCAGCUAAUGAAAAGUCGCUAUUAGUUGAUAUAUCAAAGAGCCUAGUAAGACCAAAAGAGAUACUCAUUACACUCAAACAGAGGGAUGCCCUUAAUAUGAGCAGAAUGAAGAUAGUUUACAAUAUACGACAUCGAUGUAGGGUUCUACAGAAAGCUGGUAGAUCCCAGAUGCAACAACUACUGGGUGAAUUAGCGAAACAUAAGUACAUUGAGCGUCAUCGAUGUGAGGAAGGCUCUAUGACUGUCACGGACUUGUUUUGGGUACAUCCAGUGAGUUUGGAUUUGCUUCGUACAUUCCCUCGUGUGUUAAUUAUGGAUUGCACAUAUAAAACGAAUAGAUAUCGGCUUCCUCUUCUUGAAAUUGUGGGAGUAACAGCAACUCAUAUGACAUUCUCCGUGGCUAUCGCAUACUUGCAAACUGAGCGGGUUGAUAAUUAUGCAUGGGCGUUACAAACAUUGCGUGAUCUUAUAGACGACAGUGUUUUACCUGAAGUCAUUGUCACAGACAGAGAGCUUGCUUUGAUGAAUGCCAUUGACAACACCUUUCCGAAUGCUCGACAUUUGUUAUGUCGUUGGCAUAUUAAUAAGAAUGUAUUAACAAAAUGCAAGAAAAUGUUUGAGACAAAAGAAAAAAUGGACAAGUUUAACACUGUAUGGAACUAUUUGAUAUUGUCAUCGACUGAAAAGGAAUACAAUGAUCACCUUGCAACACUACAUAAGGAUUUCAAUAACUAUCCGGAGGCAAUCAAAUAUGUUACUAUGAGUUGGUUGAAUCCGUAUCAAGAAAAAUUCAUUACGAUACAUAUAGACAUGUGUAUGCAUUUUGGCAAUGUUACAACCAAUCGGGUUGAGAGUGCUCGUGCUAGAUUGAAGAGAGAGCUAUGGGGUAAUGUGUCUAUUUGUGCAUUGGAGUACGUGUUAGCAGAGAGUAAGAGAGCAAAUUCAGUUGGAAUUGAUGUUACAACAUGUGGGUGUGUUCUUAGGCGCACACAUGGUUUACCUUGUGCUCACGAGAUUGCAGAUUACACGAGACAAGGCCGUCCUAUUCCACUCAGUAGCAUACAUGUACAUUGGAUGCGCCUUACUAUAUGUGUGCAUAAUCCGAAGGAACAGAAGUUGGAAUUGACUUGUAUCCCAGAACUUGAGUUGAUUUUAAAGCGAUUCGAAGAGUCUGAUAUUGCCACGCAAUUGGAUAUGUUGAAGAAGUUGAGGGAAAUUGCAAAUCCAGCGAGCACUUUUCUUAUUGAGCCCGAUGUGAAACCUAAUCCAUGUCGAGGACAUAAGAAAAUUGAUAUAUCUUGUCGUCGUGACCCGUGUGCAUUUGAGUUGGUUGACGAUGAGCAUGAUAGCUAG